CCGCCGGGCAAAGAGAUCCCGGAGGUGCUGGUGGACCCCCGCAGCCGGCGGCGCUACCUGCGGGGCCGCUUCCUGGGCAAGGGCGGCUUCGCCAAGUGCUUCGAGAUCUCGGACGCGGACUCCAAGGAGGUGUUCGCGGGCAAGAUCGUGCCCAAGUCCCUGCUGCUGAAGCCGCACCAGAAGGAGAAGAUGUCCAUGGAGAUAUCCAUUCACCGCAGCCUCGCCCACCAGCACGUCGUGGGCUUCCACGGCUUUUUCGAGGACAACGACUUCGUGUUCGUGGUGCUGGAGCUGUGCCGCCGGAGAUCGCUCCUGGAACUGCACAAGCGCAGGAAAGCGCUGACCGAGCCCGAGGCCCGCUACUACCUGCGGCAGGUGGUCCUUGGCUGCCAGUACCUGCACCGAAACCGGGUCAUCCACCGCGACCUCAAGCUGGGCAACCUCUUCCUCAACGAGGACCUGGAGGUGAAAAUAGGGGAUUUUGGACUGGCAACCAAAGUGGAAUAUGAAGGGGAACGGAAGAAGACCCUGUGCGGAACUCCCAAUUACAUAGCUCCUGAGGUGCUGAGCAAGAAAGGGCACAGUUUUGAGGUGGACGUGUGGUCCAUUGGGUGCAUCAUGUAUACCUUGUUAGUGGGCAAGCCCCCAUUUGAGACAUCUUGCCUAAAAGAGACCUACCUACGGAUCAAGAAGAACGAGUACAGCAUCCCCAAGCACAUCAACCCGGUGGCGGCCUCCCUCAUUCAGAAGAUGCUCCAGACUGACCCCACUGCCCGCCCCACCAUCCACGAGCUGCUCAACGAUGAGUUUUUCACCUCUGGCUACAUCCCCGCCCGUCUGCCCGUCACCUGCCUCACCGUCCCACCCAGGUUUUCCAUUGCUCCCAGCAGCCUGGACCCCAGCAGCCGGAAGCCUCUCUCCGUCCUCAAUAAAGGUACGGAGAACCCCAUGCCUGAGAGGCCCCGAGAAAAAGAGGAACCAGUGGUCCGAGAGACUACCGAGGCGGUAGACUGCCACCUUGGUGACAUGCUACAGCAACUGCACAGUGUCAACGCCUCCAAGCCCUCAGAGCGGGGCCUGGUCAGGCAAGAGGAGGCUGAGGAUCCCGCCUGCAUCCCCAUCUUCUGGGUCAGCAAGUGGGUGGACUAUUCGGACAAGUACGGCCUUGGAUAUCAACUGUGUGACAACAGCGUGGGGGUGCUCUUCAAUGACUCGACACGCCUGAUCCUCUACAACGACGGCGACAGCCUGCAGUACAUAGAGCGUGAUGGCACAGAGUCCUACCUCACCGUGAAUUCUCACCCCAACUCCUUGACAAAGAAGAUCACCCUCCUUAAAUAUUUCCGGAACUACAUGAGCGAGCACUUGCUGAAGGCAGGGGCCAACAUCACGCCACGGGAGGGCGACGAGCUGGCCCGGCUGCCCUACCUGCGGACCUGGUUUCGCACGCGCAGUGCCAUCAUCCUGCACCUCAGUAACGGCUGUGUGCAGAUCAACUUCUUCCAGGACCACACCAAGCUCAUCCUGUGCCCGCUGAUGGCCGCCGUGACUUACAUCAACGAGAAGCGGGACUUCCGCACGUACCGCCUGAGCCUCCUGGAGGAGUACGGCUGCUCCAAGGAGCUGGCCAGCCGCCUCCGAUACGCCCGCACCAUGGUGGACAAGCUGCUGAGCUCUCGCUCGGCCACCAACCGCCUCAAGGCCUCCUCGUAGGCCUUCCCAUGGGACUGGUGCUGCCCAUUACCCCGUUCUGGCUGGCUCCCACGGUGCUGGUUUUUGUAGUGUGCCCCCCAGCCCUGGGGGCUGCAGGGGGGGCUGCUCUGUAAGUUAUUUUUGUACACGUUCGGGUCUGGGUUCUGUGGCCCCUUGCUUCCCUCUCCCCUGCACCAUAUGUACAGAAUAUUGCUGUUGGAUUCAGGACUGUCCUUUCCCUGCUUUUAUGAACAUUAAACACAUGAGAAUCUUG